UCAAGUUAGACAGGAUGUUGUAGUUUGUGGAGAUUUUUCUUGUUGAUAUUCACGUUGACGGAAACCGUCAACUACAAAUGGAACUACGAAAACUUAAACAAAACGUGACUACUCUGAAUACGCUUUUCCUCAUUACGGUUGACGGACUUUUACAUUUUAAUAAUACCAUUUGCAAUGCAUAACGUUAAGCAAAUAUUACACGUCUUCGCUUCCGAUCUUUAGCCGUGACGGAGAGAGAUCUGUUUCAGGUGUGCACCCUCGAGGAAUAACCAGCAGCAUGGUCCGACAAUGGAUGAAUUUUGGGAUCAACCAUGCAGCUUUUGCAUAUGCCAUGACUACACUGGGGUCAGCCAUGAUCAACAAUAUUUUUAGCUUCUACUACGUCAAACUCUUUUUGAACAAGUACAAUAUAGCUGAAGGAGCUUUCCACCAAUCACAAGUGGUGUACAUGGUGUGGAACGCCAUCAAUGACCCUCUGUUUGGUUACUUGCAAGAUAACUCCAGAGUGCCUUGCUGCUCUCAGCGACGUCUCUCCAUUCUGUACGGUGCUCCUCUCUACUCGCUGGCCUUUCUCAUUGCCUGGUUCCCGUGGCGCACCUACUCCCCUGAUGACUGGUUGAAUGGCUUACACCUGACAGUGGCGCUGUGUGCCUUUGAUGCCUUGCUGACUUUUGUGUUGCUGGCACAAUGUGCCUUAUUUGCAGAGAUUUCCAGCCACCAUCAGAAUCGUUUAAGACUUAUAAAAUACAGUCAGGUGGCUUCUCUCAUUGGGUCCUCCAGCGUUCUGUUCUGUGGCAUGGUGUCCACAAACAUGGAAAACUUCGAAGCUUUCCAGGCAUUCACGGUGCUGAUUGCUGUAAUAAGCUGCAUCUGCAUGAUGUACACUGGCAUGUACAGUGAAAGCCGCUUUGAUUCUAAAAUAAUUGAGUCAGAUGUUCAUGGGUGUGCCAACCAGGUGGCAGGUAAAACGGCGUGCUCCAUCUUCAUGUUGAAGUCGUUGACAUGGCAGAUUCUCACCAACAAGGACUUUCAGCUGUUUGUGAUGAUGAACUUCUUUCAGGUGUUUAUGUUGGCUUUCUUUAAUAAUUUCACCAUGAUAUUCACGGAGCACCUGAUUCCUCCAGAUGCACUUCCGUCACUAGCCAAGAGCUUUAUGUAUGGAGCGGGAUUCAUCUUACCACAGCUUUUAGUUCUGAGUAGUCAGAGUCUGCUGCAUAGCAUUGGCUACUACAGGAUCAUCCUCUUUACCUUUAUCUUUGAGGCUGGAAUGGCAGCCCUCAUGCUUGCACUUGGACCUCAACGUUACUACUUCUUGGCCUUUUUCCUCACUAUAAAUAUGGUUAUAAUUCAAGCAGCCUUCAGUCUCUUUGGCUUGCCUCUGGCUGACAUUAUUGACAUAGAUCUGCAGAAAUACAAGCGCAGCUCUCCUCUCUCCUCUAUGGUGUUUGGAACAAAUGCUCUGUUCACCAAGCCAGCUCAGUCUUUGGCUCCGAUGAUAGUCCUUAAUAUCCUGAACCACUUUGGAUAUGAGGAGCUGAAGGAUGUGGCCCAGGAGUCAAAUCAAAGUGCUUUGGAAAGCCUCCACAGUGUAAUGUUCUACUUGGUCUGCCUGGUUCCCAUGUGUGUUGCUGUUCUGCAGGUUCUGGCUUGGAGGCCGUUUUCCAUCCGCAACAGUCACACUGUUGACCUCAAGUACAUUGACACCUAAUGUUGGUAUCCUCAGAAUGCUGAAGAUGUGUUUUUAGGCUGGUUUCGUUUUGUUCUUGUUUGGUGACAUUCUUUAGCAAUCAGGUUAACUAAUAAUUUCUUUACAAAUGAUGAGGUACAUGCAGGGGUGAAAGUCCUUUUAAAUUCUUGUCGGUACUUAGGGGCGGAGUUAGAGCGGGGCUGGGGAGGCACUAGGGACACGCACACACACACAUAUAUAUAUAGGUUAUCACACUUACUGAAUUUAUAGAUCAACAACAUUUUAAUUAGCAACAACUGGCUGCUACUGUCCCUGUUAAAUCCUACAGAAGCAGAAGGUGUAUAUUUAGUUUUCCAUUGUGACCUUGUUUUGGUUAAAAAACAUUACAUGGUGGAGUCUGAUGUAUAUCUUUGUACACUUUAGAUAAGAUAUAAAUAAUGUUAGAAGCUGGUAAAGACCAAAUCAUUUUGAUGACAUCCUGAUCCAUCAAACCUUGACUACAGAUGUACUUUCUUUUCCUUGUGAUUAUAACAUUUUCAAAGGAAAGAGUUUUGAUGUGACAUUUGAUUGGUUAAAUCAAGUAGAUAACAAUCAACAGUUCCAAAUAUUUGAUUUAUUUAAAAAAACCACUUUUCUAUACAAGGAACAAAACCUCCACCUUUUGUGAUUUUCAUCACCAGCUGUGUCAGGUUUCCUCCAGCUGUGGCAUAGAUUUAAAAUCUGCGUUAUUACCUCCCCACUGUUUUUAAAACUGCAUCCACUAUUUGACUUUCUCAGGCAAAAAUCACUUUUCAUUUUGUUCUGAGAAAAGAAACCAAUGCAUCAAAUAGUCUCAAUAGAAAACUCUAUAAGUGUAAUCUAUUUUGCUGCAAAAGAAAUGCAUAAUAGUGACAUUUACAUCGACGUUUACUGCUCAUCAGUAGGUUGGCCUAAUGUUUUACCUCACAGGGCACUCGCACUCCAGGUUUGAUCUUUGUCUUAUGAUAAUCAUUUUCUGCUGAGAAUAUAAACUAAAAAACAAUUAUAGUAAGUUUUUUCAUCUCUUUUGGAAAAAGUAGGUUUAGUAGGAAAUAUCACACUGAUAUUAAAUGUAUUACAAAUAUUAAAAUUAAAUACAAGUUUUGAUUUGAAAAAGACAGAAAUGCUUAGAAUCCUUGUAAGAAACGUAUUUGUCAAUUGAAAUGUACACCGAAUGAAUCUGUGUCGCUUAUGCAGUUCUUGUAGUUGCACUGAACAGAUAAAACUGUUAAAAGUACACUGGAAUAGAUGCCUUACAGUGGAAUUGUUGUUAUCAGAUUAUUUGUUGCCGUAAUUGAGACUGGUGCAAUAAAGGUGCAAGGUGCUUAAUUUGUAAUGCCAAUAUUGAACUCUUCUUCUUCUUUUUUUUUUUUUUUGUACAAGUCAUUAUGAAGGUUUUAUUAAAAGAGUUUUUGAACACA